AUGGCUUGCAAAUUUUUCUUCGUCGCCGUUGCAGUUUCAAUGCUGGCGUCAUGUUUAGCAGCACCGGCUGAAGUUGACGAUCUUAAAGAUGCAGCACCACCAAAAGAUGACUUGGAAACAGCCGCCUCCCAUUAUGGUGGCUGGGGUCAUUAUGGGGGCUAUGGGGGAUAUGGGGGAUACGGGGGCUACGGCGGCUAUGGAUAUUACCCCAAUUAUGGCUACUGGGGUUGGCCAAGUUACGGCUAUCUUUAUGGGCAUGGUUGGCCGUAUGGUCAAGGUUAUUGGUGGUAA